AUGGCGAACGAAAAGAAGGUGGUUGAAGAAGAAGAGGACACCCCCAAGCUCUUCGUCUGGUCUAUACGAAGUAUCAGCUACAUCAUCGGAUGGGUACUUAUCUUUAGUCUCACCUGCGCUGAGCUUGGACUUGUCUCGCAACAGAUCCACAAGUUUGGCAGGGAAACAUCGCACUAUGCCUCGUUGAUGUGGAAAAACGACCUCGGUCUCUUGUUGGCAGCUGUCAUCGUCUCCCUUUUGGUCACAAUUUUCCAUUAUCAACUUGGCCUCGGAGCGAUCAUCUUUUUUUCCUUGGUGCUCUCCGUAUUUUUCGCCACUGGAGCUGGUAUUAUCCGCGGAGCAACCCCCUUCCGCGGGACCUCGUGCGGGAACGCUGUCGACCUUUACCCAGUAAUUUGGCAGCCUUUCGUGGGCGAAUGCCGAAGGAUCGUCAGUAUCCAAGCCAUCGCAUGGACAUUAUGGGCACUGUACAUGUUCAUGCUAUUCGGUAGCCUCGCCUAUAAGUUCGGUCUUCGAGUCAAGCCCACUCCAGGUGGAUUUUACGGACCCUCUGCAGUUUAG